GAGAGAGAGAGAGAGAGACGAGUCAGUCUCUCAUCUUUAAAUGGUUGCGGUUGGAGCAGUUGUAUAUGUCCACCUCCAAACUGCACUAAAUAAAUAUCAAUCCCAAUUUAAGCUCUUCAUCCAUAACUUCGUCUUCUUGGUUGGGAUUAUAUCCAAUAUUUGAUCGAUCUCUAUCUCUGAAAAUUCUUAGCCCCUCCACCUACGCCCUCCUUGUGAUUUUAACCUAAUUAUCAUCAUGAGUCCCGGGGAAGGAGGAGGAGGAGCUGCUGUAAAUUUCAGGAAGAGAUCAAAACGACGGUCAAACAAUGCCGCCGGAGCUACGAAAGAUCAACCCCAAAACCAUGAAGAUAGUUGUUAUUACCAGUCAUCUUCUUCGUCGUCCUCUUCGGCUUCUAAUUAUGAGAGCAAGAAGAAGAGGAUUAGGAAGAAGAAGGGUAAAGGGAACAACAACAACGUUAGGGGGUCGUCGAAACGGUUCCAGCUGAUGUCGUAUUGGGAGUUGCCGGAAUAUAUGAAGGAUAACGAGUUCAUUUUGAAUUAUUACCGAGCUGAUUGGCCUAUUCUCGAAGCUCUUUUCAGCGUUUUCCGUUGGCAUAAUGAAACUCUCAACGUUUGGACGCAUUUGAUUGGGUUUGUUCUGUUUGUGGGUUUGACUAUGGCGAAUUUGUGGGAAGUGCCUCAGGUAGCGGAUCUCCUUGGCUUUUUUAACAGGUCCACAUUUAGUGCGGCUGCAAAUGUUUCCCAUAAUUUUAGUGCGCAGGAGACAACAAACUUUGUUCAUGAUUUGAAGCAAAUAACAUCUCAGGAAAUGAACAACAUUGCAUCGCCUGGUGAUCGAUUGAGCGUGGCACUUUGGCCGUUUUAUGUGUUCCUAGCUGGCUCUAUGUUCUGCCUUUUCUCCAGCAGCAUUUGCCAUCUCUUUUCAUGCCACUCUCACCCCUUAAACGUCUUGCUCUUGCGCAUAGAUUACGCAGGCAUCACCACCAUGAUCAUCACCUCAUUUUUCCCUCCGAUUUACUACAUCUUCCAAUGUGAUCCGCGCUGGCAAUUCAUUUACCUCGGCGGCAUCACAAUAAUGGGAAUUUGCACCAUCAUCACACUGUUCUCCCCGAAGCUUUCUAGCUCCAAAUUUCGAACAUUUCGAGCUUUGCUUUUUGCUUCACUGGGGUUGUUUGGGAUUGUGCCUGCAGUCCAUGCCAGCGUUGUGAAUUGGGGCAAUCCGAAGCGUGAUAUCACUCUGGUUUAUGAGGUUGCCAUGGCGCUUUUCUAUUUGACAGGGACCGGAUUUUACAUCACUCGAAUUCCCGAGAGAUGGAGACCGGGGUGCUUCGAUUUGGCAGGUCACAGCCAUCAGAUUUUUCAUGUUUUGGUGGUGAUGGGUGCAUUGGCUCAUUAUGCUGCCAUACUUGUAAUGCUAGACUGGCGAAGCACCUUGGGGUGUGACAUCAAUAUUACUCUGUAAUAUAUACAGUGAAGCAACUUGUUCAUUUUUUCAACUACGCUUUAGAUGAUGAUGAUUGAGUAGGGCAUCAAUAUUCAUUUGUUGAGAGAAGGUUGUGUAAGCUAGCUUUGUCUCAAAAGAUAGCCUUAUAAGAGAACUAGAGGCUGUCAUUAUGUUUUAAAAGAAUUCCAGGGAGAAAAAAAAGUGCAACAAAUUUUUUUUUCUAUCA